AUGUCCGAUAUCCCUUUACGAAUCGCUGCCGCCGAUGCUGCCGCCGAAGGUCGAGCUGAUGAACUCGCUCGCCUCCUCAAUCACCGCCCGCCCACCCAUGAUGAAUUGAAGGGACUAGCCUUCCUCGCGUCCGAGUCCAAGUCUCUACCAAUUCCCCAAGUCCUUCUCAAUAACAGCUGGGACAUUAAUUCGCCUGAGAGCUACUGUGAUCCGCCAUUUCUAGGGGGAGCGGGUGCCGACGAAGAUGUCGUUCGAUGGUUUCUUGUCCACGGCGCCGAUCCUAAUGCGUUCGCCACAAAAUAUAGAGUGACGCCGCUCUCCCGUGCUGUCCAAUACGCGCCCCUCAAGAUCGUCCAGCUUCUCCUGGAUUUUGGUGGCUCUGCGACAACAGGCGAAUUGGUCUGGUUCGCUUGUCAAAGACCCGCGGAAGACCCCGACGCGUUAACAAUCCUCAAGCUAUUGUACAAUAGAGGGGCACCUGUCGAUAAUGUCCUUUUUGCUGAUUUUAAUGACCUUCGCGAUGUUUCCAUAUCUACUGGAACACCUCUGUGGGUGUCCAUUGGAAAGGGUGACGUUGCCAGAGUACAGUUUCUCCUAGAUCGCGGUGCGAGUCUACUUGCCAAAGAGCCAGGCCUGGAUCUAUCGCCGCUGGAGAAAGCAAGGCAUUGUGUAAACCAAGAAAUUGCCAAAAUUGUAUCGCAGGCAGCCACAUCACGUUCGGAUGUCCCGUGUUGA